AGCGUGCUCAUCAGUACGACGCCUUCGUCUCCUACAACGCAAACGACGAGGGCUGGGUGCUGGGGGAGCUGCUGCCCAAGCUGGAGGACGAGCAGGGCUGGAGACUGUGUCUGCACCACCGAGACUUCCAGCCAGGCAAACCCAUCAUGGAAAACAUUACAGACGCCAUCUAUGGCAGCCGGAAGACCAUCUGUGUGGUCAGUCGCGAUUACCUGGAGAGUGAAUGGUGCUCCAGAGAGAUCCAGGUUGCCAGUUUCCGUCUGUUUGACGAGCAGAAGGACGUGCUGAUCCUGGUGUUCCUGGAGGACAUUCCCAUGCAGCAGCUUUCUCCGUACUACCGCAUGAGGAGGCUCCUGAAGAGACAAACCUACCUGAGCUGGUCCCGCGCAGACGCACACCCAAACCUGUUCUGGGAGAAGCUCCGGCAGGCCCUGGAGACCCAGGAGCACCCAAUGGGGGAGCAUAUACUGCUCACCGUGGAGGACAGACCCCCUGGAGAGAGACCAGACCAGUAAAAGGCUUAGAAAUGCUUUGGGGUGGGGGGGGGGGGGGAUACAACUAGAGGUCUGUCUCUAUGGAGGGAAAGUGAAACUGUUCCCCUUGAACGCUUUGUUCGUUUUUGUGUAUUGUAAAACACAUUCUUAAUCUGGUUAAUGGGUACAUCUGGUGUGGAUUUGUAUUUGAGCCCCGUUUUUGGGGGUCAAGCAGCAAAGCUGCGAGACAACCUAUCGUUUUCGUACGUUUUCCUAUUGUUAUUCUUCAAUGGGAGUCUAUGGCAGCCCAUAGAACGCUGUGGUGAAAUUUGGUACAUUGAUUCAGGACAGUCCCAUUAUCCCAUGACCCAAAUUUGUGGUCGCUAGCUUAUGAUCAUAACCUAGCGCCACCAACAGUUCAAAGUUGAACAUGCUUUCAUGGUUAUAACUUUUGACCCAUUCGUCCAAUAUUCACAAGCAAGGUAUCAUUGGAUUCCUUGGGUCAAGCCGAGUUCAACGCGCACCCUAUGUCGUAAUUUUGUGCCAUGAUGGAUUUUCCGCCAUCUUGGUUUAUGUCAAAAACCUUUAAAAUGUAUCUCCUAUCAGAAAUGUUGUCCAAUUUUCUCUAACCUUGGCACAGAGGAUCUUCAGGCCAUGCUUGACAAAAAAAAUGUAAUUGAUUUUUCAAAUUCAAAACCGUUUGGCCGCUACAGCCAAUCAAAUUCGACCGCGAAGACGCCAAACAGGAAGUAAGCCAAUAUCUCAGUAGCCCUCUGUCAUAUCAUAACCGAACUUGUCACAUAGACCCAUGACAUCAUCAUGGGGACCCUAAUUAAAUUAACCGGUAAUCUUUGACCUCUAGGGGGUGCUGUAGCCUAAUUAAUGAAGAUGUGUUUUAACUCCUCUCUCUUCACAUGAGUAUAUUUCAAACUUAUUUCCAAUGUCUGGUGAUACUGUCAGACCUCCCCAUAAAUCGAAUGAAUUAUUUCCCAUGGCAACAUCAGAAUUUGCCCGCCAUUGGGAAAGUUGUUUAAAUCAAUAGUACAUAUCCACAGGACACAAAUUACGUCCGAUCAUCAUGAAACUUGCCAUAUAUGAUCAUCAGCUCUUUCAAAUUCAAAACCGUUUGGCCGUGACAGCCAAACAAACUUGACGGCAAAGCUGCCAAACAGGUAGUAAGCCUGUUCUCAGCAUCUCUUUAACAUAUCAUAGCCAAACUUGGUACGUAGACUCAUGACAUCAUUCUGGGGACAUCCAAACAAUUUGGUGACCUUUGACCUCAGGGGGACGUCAAACAGGAAGUGAGCUCAUUUUUCUGCAAGGCAUUCAUGUAUCCAAACCAAACUUGGCUCAUAGUCUUAUGACUCUAUCCUGAUAAUGCCCAAACAAUUAGGUGACAUUUGACCUUUGGGAGUGCGUUGUUAGCAGCAAGUCUAUUCCAGCUCUUAGCAAGCAACCUCAAUGUAUUUUCGUUGUGAUAACCAUUUGCCAAUAGCUUUCAUUGUCGGCAAAAUGAUAUCUAAUCAUCUGCAUUUUAUCAUGGUCAUCAUAUACUGUGUUAUGUAAAACUGAUAACACAUCAUUCAUAUUAAAUCAUCAUGUCAAUCUGAC